AUGUCUGUUUACGUUGUCACUGGAGUGUCUAGAGGGAUUGGGUUCGAGUUCCUCAGGCAAAUUUCAGGAGACCAGAAAAACCUAGUCAUUGGUCUGGUGCGCGACAAAGCUGCAACUGAGAAGAAGAUAGCUGCAGAGCUGGGAAACCGUGCAAAUGUCCACAUUCUCUAUGCGGACCUUACUAAUUAUGCCACACUGAAGCAAGCUGCUGCUGACGCGGCCGAGAUCGUCGGCGAGCGUGGCGUUGACUACCUUGUGGCCAACGCAGGGUUGGUGCCCUCCUUGGACGCUUAUGGACCGAUCGGUGCAUUAAGCGACAAGGUCGAGGAGCUCGAGGCUGUUUCAUCGCAGCUAUGGCAGACUAAUGUCGUUGGUAAUAUCCAUCUCUUCCACCUCUUCCUCCCCCUUGUCUUGAAGGGCAAGAUCAAGAAGGUCAUUACCAUUUCCACCGGUGUGGCCGACCUCGACUUGACCAACGACUACGAGAUUGAUACUGGUGCUUUAUACGCUGCCUCCAAGGCCGCCAUGAACAUGAUUGUGGCCAAAUUCAACGCGCAAUUUAAGAAAGAUGGUGUGUUAUUCAUGAGUAUCAGCCCAGGCUUGGUGGAGGUGGGCCGCUACACAGAUGCAUAUGCGCCUCAUUUCAAGGGCCCAAUCACUCCGCAAGAAUCUGUUCGACAUGCCAGAUCGACAUGGGAAAAGGCAAGCAUCGAGGGCGGAUCUGGUACUCCGCAUGAGAUAGAAGUAUCCCAUCAAUUCGCCCGCUUCUAUGUUCCUUGGCAUGUGUAA